AUGACUCGACAAAAUUUCCGUGUACCCAAUCAGGGAUUUGCCGAUCUUGUAGGAUUACUCGUACUCUGUUCCCACUCCUCCCCCUCCUCCUGCCCAACCUCAUUCAUCAAUCAGGUCCACACGAUACCCGCGAAAAUGUUCCGUCGUGUGCUCACCUUGGUCCAGGCGCAUUGUAAAUUGGGUUUGACUGCCACACUGGUUCGUGAAGAUGACAAAAUUACCGAUUUGAACUUUCUCAUCGGCCCCAAACUGUACGAGGCCAACUGGUUAGAAUUGCAACAACGCGGUUUCAUCGCACGUGUUCAGUGUGCCGAGGUCUGGUGCCCAGUCACUCCGGAAUUCUAUCGGGAAUACUUAAAUUCGAUGAAGAAGUUGCUAUUGGCCGUAAUGAACCCGAACAAGUAUCGCGCGUGUGAAUUUCUCAUCCGCUAUCACGAGCGUCGAAAUGACAAAAUUAUUGUGUUCUCAGACAAUGUGUUCGCGUUGAAAUACUACGCGACCAAAAUGGGUCGACCAUAUCUGUACGGUCCGACUGGUCAGGCCGAGCGUAUGCAAGUGCUGCAAAAUUUUCAACACAAUCCAAAUGUGACAAUUUUCGUCUCCAAAGUGGCCGAUAAUUCGUUCGAUUUACCCGAAGCCACCGUACUGAUCCAGAUCAGUGCGCACGGAGGAAGUCGGCGUCAGGAAGCGCAAAGAUUGGGUCGUAUUCUACGUGCAAAACGAGGCAUGGACGCGGAGGCUUAUAAUGCAUUCUUCUAUUCCCUAGUUUCACAGGACACCAUGGAAAUGCAGUAUGCCUUAAAACGACAACGGUUUUUGGUCAAUCAAGGCUAUGUAAUCACUCGCCUGGCUGGCAUGGAGAAUGAGUCAUUGAAAUUGGGCACAAAACAAGAGCAAGCGGAACUGUUGCAUCGUGUACUAGCCAGCACGGAUGAGGAUGCUAUGGAAGAACGCAUUCCGACCGAUCCAGACGGUAUACAUAACGUAGUUCGUCGACCUGGUCGAAUGGCCAGUCUGGCCGGUGCGGACGAUGCGAUCUAUGUGGAUACCACAUCGGGACAGAGAAAAGAUCGAAACAAAGAUCGCCAUCCGCUGUUUCGUCUAUUUCGUCGUUGA